UGAAUCCCGGACGGGGGAGGAGGGCGGGCGAGCGCGAGUGUGUGUGUGUCUCUCUCGAGUCAUUUACGACGGAGCAGCCGGCGCGAGCGCCGAGGAGGCGGCGGCAGCGGCGGCGGCUGCUUCGUGCAACUGUGGUUCCCCCCACCUCCUCUUCCUUUUGCUCCUGGAUUAUUCUUCUCCCCCCACAUAUGUCCAUGGGGAGCCGGCUCCCCUGCCGGCACCUUAACUCGUCUCGGCCCCGUAGGCACCAGCUGCCGCCUCCCUGGCCGCGGGCUGCGCGGGCGCCGGGUGCCGCGGCCCCUGGCUUGGCGCCCGGCUCUCGCCGCCCGCAGCCCGGGCUGGCGCAGCGCUCCACUCGCCCAAACUGACUCCGAGUGAGAGACAGACAGAGAGACAGAGAGAGCCGAUGCCCGGCUGCACCGAGGGCAGGGCGCAGGUCCGCUGGAAGAAGGAAACGUCGGAGACUCUGAACCCCGGGAAAGUUCAAGGUUUGUGCGGCCCCCCCCACCGGAGAAGGCGAGGAGCGAGGCCGAACAGCCGGCACCUCUGCUGAGACAGCGAGACCUCGGAAGAGAGGGGGGCAGCACGGAGCCACGGCAGACUGACCGAGCUCCUCUCCGUCCUAUACGCUUAAGGCCGGAGGCUGGAGUCGACGCCCGGGGCAGGAAAGGCUCGCGUCAGGCGCAUUAGCCGGCUUUUCAGUCACCUUGCUUCUCCAAGCCCCAUGUGCACGGGGCAGCCCCUGCCGGCCGCACCGCGCUAGCCCCAGCAGAAGAGCCGCUGCUCGGGCAAACGGCGCUGAGCCGGCCUGUGCAGGCCCCCGGCCCUGGUCGAGGCUGGAGAGAGCGCACUGGAGCCGAACAGCCAGCUCUACGAGGGGACAAGCCACGGGCCGCCCGCCUCGGGCAUUCCGUCCAGGCGUCGCCUAGGGUGGUGGCGACCCGCGUCGCCGGUUUCAGCACUGCACGGAAACUUUUCCUGCUCUGGAUGGAUUAAAGUUGCCUGGAUUUUCUCUUUCUUUGCAAACGAAAUUAUUCAUUUGCACCGAACCUGGAAUUUUUAUGCUGGAGCUGCUGCAGGGCUCUUGCAAGAAGGAAGCCGCGCUGUCCAUGUGGGGUUGCUACCGAAACCGAAGAAAUUGAGGCUUGUGUUGGAAAUCUGCACCCUAGAGCGAGUUCGGAUUUGAGCUGGGCCGCGUAGCUGGAAGACACAGCACUUGGCUCUAGGCAGCCCCCGAGACGCGGCCGCGGGUGGCCGCCGGGUCCCAGGACCGCACGUGCGGCUCCCACUGGCCGCACAGAUCCUGCAGGGGGCACCAGUCGGGGGUGGUGGAGGCUCCUCCCGCCCGGAGCUGCGCCCCCGCCAGCUCCGAGGGUGUAACCGGCGACGCCUGGGACGCCCCCUCCCCUCAAAGUGUCCCCGAAUUGCACUCUCUGGCACCCAGAGCCUCAGCAGAGAAGCCGGGUACCACGGCCACCCUGAGUUGGAUGUGACCAAGCCCAGCCUGGGGCCAAGUCGACGUCGACUGUUGCCCCUCGGCCCCAGCCCGCUCGCGCCUCGGCCAUGGCCCCAGGGAUGUCGGGCCGCGGUGGCGCCGCCCUGCUCUGCCUCUCGGCGCUGUUCGCCCACGCCUCCAGCCGCUCCCACCCAGCCAGCCCCAGCCCGCCAGGGCCGCAGGCCAGCCCAGUGCUGCCAGUCAGCUACCGCCUGUCCCACACGCGACUGGCCUUCUUCCUGCGGGAGGCGCGGCCCCCUCCGCUGGUGGUCACCAAUGGCUCCCUGCAGCGCUCCGAGCCCUUCGUGGUGUUCCAGACCAAGGAGCUGCCUGUCCUCAACGUCUCCCUGGGGCCCUUCAGCACUAGCCAGGUGGUGGCCCGGGAGCUCCUGCAGCCGUCCAGCACCCUGGACAUCCCCGAGCGCCUGACAGUCAACUGGAAGGUGCGGGCCUUCAUUGUCCGCGCCCGCGUACCCGCCUCACAGCCUGUGGCCCAGGUGCUGUUCUACGUGGCCGGCCGGGACUGGGACGACUUCGGCGUCACAGAGCGGCUGCCCUGUGUCCGCCUGCAUGCCUUCCGGGAUGCCCGGGAGGUCAAGAGCUCCUGCCGCCUUAGCGGGGGCCUGGCCACCUGUCUCGUGCAGGCUGAGCUGCCCCUGACCUGGUUUGGGCCCCCCGCCCCAGCAGCACCACCCGCCACCCGCCGCAAGUCCCCGGACGGGCUGGAGCCCGAGGCGGUGGGGGAGAGUCAGCAGGCUGAGCUCUACUACACUCUCCAUGCCCCGGAUGCAUCGGGAGGCUGCGGGGGCACCCACCGGGGGGCCGGGCAGGGUGUGGGCGCCCGGGCCGAGAGCCCUACUCAGCAUCCCCUGCUGCGCAUUGGGAGCAUCAGCCUGUUCCGCCCGCCGGCCAGGACGACGCUGCAGGAGCACAGGCUGGACAGCAACCUGAUGAUCCGCCUGCCGGACCGGCCCCUCAAACCAGGGGAAGUGCUCAGCAUCCUGCUCUACCUGGCGCCCAACUCCUCCUCGCCGUCCAGCCCCAGCGUGCAGCAUUUCACGCUCAGGGUGAAGGCCAAAAAGGGUGUGACCCUUCUUGGCACCAAGUCACGGAGUGGCCAGUGGCAUGUGACCUCGGAGCUGCUGACUGGGGCAAAGCACUCAACAGCCACAGUGGAUGUGGCCUGGGCCCAGGGCACACCCCUACCCCCCUGGGAGGGCCAAGGGCCCCUGGAGAUCCUGCAGCUAGACUUUGAGAUGGAGAACUUCACCAGCCAGUCGGUCAAGCGCAGGAUCAUGUGGCACAUUGACUACCGUGGCCACAGUGCCUUACCUGACCUGGAGCGGGCGGUCACUGAGUUGACAGUCAUCCAGCGGGAUGUGCAAGCCAUCCUGCCCCUGGCCAUGGACACAGAGAUCAUCAACACUGCCAUCCUGACUGGCCGGACGGUGGCUAUCCCUGUCAAGGUCAUCGCUGUCGAGGUGACCGGCCUUGUGCUGGAUGUCUCUGCCCUGGCGGAAUGCGAGUCUGACAAUGAGGACAUCAUCAAGGUAUCCAGCAGCUGCGACUAUGUGUUUGUGAGCGGAAAGGAGUCUCGCGGGUCCAUGAACGCCAGGGUCACCUUCCGUUAUGACAUCCUCAGUGCUCCCCUGGAAAUGACAGUCUGGGUCCCCAAGCUGCCCCUGCACAUCGAGCUCUCGGACGCCCACCUCAGCCAAGUGAAGGGCUGGAGGGUGCCCAUCCUUCCUGACCGGAGGUCAGUCCGGGAGAGCGAGGGCGAGGAGGAGGAGGAGGAGGCACGGCGGCAGAGCGUGAGCCGCGGCUGCACCCUGCAGUACCAGCAUGCCACUCUGCAGGUCUUCACCCAGUUCCACACGACCUCGUCCGAAGGAACCGACCAGGUGGUCACCAUGCUGGGUCCGGACUGGCUGGUGGAGGUCACUGACCUGGUCAGCGACUUCAUGCGGGUGGGUGACCCCCGUGUGGCACGCAUGGUAGACAGCAGCACGCUGGCCGGCCUGGAGCCAGGCACAACCCCCUUCAAGGUGGUGUCCCCGCUGACAGAGUCUGUGCUGGGGGAGACGCUGCUGACAGUGACAGAGGAGAAGGUCAGCAUCACACAGCUGCAGGCUCAGGUGGUGGCCAGCCUCGCCCUCUCCCUACGGCCCAGCCCUGGGAGUAGCCAUACCAUCCUGGCCACCACAGCUGCCCAGCAGACCCUCAGCUUCCUCAAGCAGGAAGCCCUCCUGAGUCUCUGGCUCUCCUACAGUGAUGGCACCACGGCCCCACUCUCCCUCUACAGCCCCCGGGACUACGGGCUGCUGGUGAGCAGCCUGGAUGAUCGGGUUGCCACAGUGACCCAGGACCGCGCUUUCCCACUGGUGGUCGCUGAGGCUGAGGGUGCAGGGGACCUGCUCCGUGCAGAGCUCAGCAUCGCUGAAAGCUGCCAGAAAACCAAGCGCAAGAGUGUGUUGGCUACAACCCCCGUGAGCCUGCGGGUGCACUUUGGGCGGGAUGAGGAGGACCCCACUUACGACUAUCCGGGCCCCAGCCAGCCAGGUCCCGGCGGGGGCGAGGAUGAGGCCCGCGGAGCUGGCCCACCAGGCACUGAGGGGUCCCCGCCAGGAGCCCCGCACCCGGGCACCGCCAGCCCCGCCGCACCACCCACAGAAGAUUUCCUGCCGCUGCCCACCGGCUUCCUGCAGAUGCCGCGGGGGCUGACCGACCUGGAGAUCGGCAUGUACGCACUGCUGGGCGUCUUCUGCCUCGCCAUCCUCGUCUUCCUCAUCAACUGCGUUGUCUUCGUGCUGCGCUACCGGCACAAGCGCAUCCCGCCCGAGGGCCAGACCAGCAUGGACCACUCUCACCACUGGGUGUUCCUGGGCAACGGGCAGCCGCUGCGCGUCCAGGGGGAGCUGUCGCCGCCCGCUGGCAACCCGCUGGAGACCGUGCCCGCCUGCUGCCACGGUGAUCACCACAGCAGCGGCAGCUCGCAGACCAGUGUCCAGAGCCAGGUGCACGGGCGGGGGGACGGCUCCUCUGGCGGCUCAGCCCGGGACCAGGCUGAGGACCCCGCCAGCUCGCCCACUUCCAAGCGCAAGCGGGUCAAAUUUACCACCUUCACCACGCUGCCCACAGAGGAUCUGGCCUAUGACUCUGUGCCCGCUGGGGAAGAGGAUGAGGAGGACGAAGAGGACCUGGGUUGGCCCUGCCCCGAUGUGGCCAGCACCACGCGGCCCAGUGCACCCCCAGACCUGCACAAUUACAUGCACAGAAUCAAAGAGAUUGCAUAGAGGCGCCAUCCCCCUCUAUGCAGAGGGGACGCAGAUGGGACCCCUGCUCACACUGAUGCAGGCAGGCCAAAGCGGAUUUUAUACUCCCUGCCCCUGCAGCUUUGCUCUGUUCCGGGCAGUCGCCUCCCCUGGCCGGUCUUUCCCUGCUAGGCAGCACUCACUUUACCCUCCUCUGCUCCUGCAGGUGGGGUGCUCCUUCUGCCUUGCUAGGGAGAAAGCAGUUCUUCCCUUCCAAACCUCCUCCCAUCUUAGACAAACCCCCUGCCCCAAGAGUGAGGCACAGAGGCCAAGCUUGGGGUGAGGUGGGCCCACACUGUGCCCCACCCCUGCCCCCCAUGCCCCCUGUCUUCCCCUUGUGCAGGGGCUGGGGGAUCCUGGGGGGUCUUGUGUCACAGAUGCACAAAGACUUCUCUCAAACCACUAUUCAGGGAUUUCUGUCCUGCAGGGUGGUGGGGGCAGCGGCUGCCUGCCCUGCCAAGGAGCUUGCUAUGGACAAAACAUUUGGGGAGUAGGGGACACUUGUAGUGCCUGCUGGCUUGCAGGUGCUCUACCAGUCCCUUCCCAGGACCUGGAAGCUGACUCUAUAGAGGGGCCUGGGACCAAGCUGGGCACCUGACUGAGAUCUCAGGACUCCCUCCUCCGCCCCCUCAGGCUGUGGGCAGGGACCUAAAGUGGCAGGAGUCCCAGGUCCACCCCUAGCCAAGCCACACCCCAGAGCACUGUGGUCUGGGUGGGCCCAGGGAGUCCUGGCUGCAUCCUGCCCAGCCCACUGCAAGGUCAACACCAAGCCUUAGUCCCCCUCCCACGCUGCUGACCCCUCCUUCCCCUCUGCAGGGGCAGCCACCCAUCUGCCCCAGAACAGAAUCUGGUGGGAGGGGGAGAGGGCACGGGGAUGCUGUGAAGGACCUUGGGACAGGCAAAGGCAGAAGGGAGCCAGGAAUCUCCCUCCCCCACCCCAUAGCCACUUCUCUCUUGGGUUCUGCCCACCACUGUGUUGGAUUUUUCUUAAAUAAAUGGGGACAACCAGACUGGGGGCGGGGGUAGCAGCUCCCCAGAGAGCAGACAGUACAUGGUGGCUGGCUUUGUGUCUCAUACUUGCGCACGUGCACACAUGCACACUGUGGACACACUAAAUCACUAAGAUCAAAAUGUGGCUGAACCAGGCUGCCAUCCUGCUCUUCCUCCUCCUGCAUUCAAUUGCCUCAGUCCCUCUGGUGCUGGGAGCAUGCCUCCAUCAGGGAUGAAGGAUCCACUGGCCCAGAAAUGCAGCCUUACAAAGAGUGCCUCCUCCUAGGAGUCUGCCAUGAUUGGCUCAGAGGAGGAUGAGGCAAGCCUCAGGGCCUCCAGAGAAAUGCCUUAGGUGGUUGAGAGGGCACAGAAAAUAUGAAGAGAGCUGAGAGAGGCUUGGAGUGCACAUCUGAGUUCACUCUAAUUUCCUUCUCUGCAUUCAGUCCACCUCUCAGCACCCCCACCCCACCACUAUCAUCACUACCUCUCAGGGAGGCCUACCUUCUCCAUGGAUGGAUAGGGGAAGUCAGGGGGUCUCCACGUCAGAGAGCUAGGUGAAAGAGAGCAAAGGUUAUUAGGUGUGCUCCUCCCCCUUGUGUGCUGUGGGCUGGCCCAUAGCUGCCCAGGCAGCAGCCCUGGGGGACACAGGAGAGCCUGGCCCAAGGGGAAGCAGGAGAUUGGCCAAGCCUGCCUGGCCAGCCUCCUAUACCCCGAUGAUCGCUAGAGCAACAAGCAUCUGUCCUGGAAGGGACCAGGGGCAGGACUGGAGCUGCACUGGCACCCACCACAACAUGCCAUUGCCCACCUCAGGAGGAAGCCUGCCUUCUGUGAUCCCUUGCUUGAGAGGUGGCAGCCCUGGGGUUGUUUUGAGGAUUUAAUGAGAUCGUGUACGUGGAGCGCUGCGCACAGUGCCCGGCAGCAGACGGCGCUCCUAGCAUGGACCCUGGUGCUUUGAGGUCUCAGCGAGUGCAGUUUGUUGCACUUAGGUCUGAAUUUUCAGGUAAGGUGUGGGCCUAAAAGGAAGACUAGAGAUGGACCAACCCCACCCAGGGUGUGCUCUGCAGCAAAGAACAGGUGUCGCUCAGCGGCAAGUGGGGAGUUGCCAGAAGCCGUGCCCAAGGCAGAACCACAGGCAGGCUUAUGUGAGGGCUUCUCCUGAAGCCCCAGAACACCAGCUACCUGCUGUUCCAUGUGCCCUGACAGUGACCUCCUUCAGGGCUGGGGAGGAUGGGGUGGGAGCUCCAUUUUCCUUAACCCGUGGUGCCUGGAGCUGGCAAGGGCUCAACACAUGUUUGCUGACUAAAGUCCCCAGGCCGACUAUAAAGGGCUUUCACAUUAUCCCUUGUUUGGGGAUUGUAUAUACUCUGCCUCCUUACCACCUUGUCAGUGCAGAAAAUUACAAGUUUUGAGGACAUAGGUGUGAGUCAGGGAAGAUAUCCCAGCUUGGGUGUGAGGGUGGGAAGGGGGUGCUAAAGUUGGAACAUGGAUCUAUUUGUUCAUUCAACACAUUAAGCUCCUACUUUGCACUGGGCCCUCCCAGGGUGUGUGGAGGCACAACCAUGAGC